GUUUACUAUUCGUACAUAAAUGGCUGACCUAGAUGAUAAUAUCGCUUAAGCGUAAUCCUAUUAGUCUUUAUUAAGCCUAGUUAUAGGUACAUUUAUACAUAACAUGUUCUGAUAGAAGAGCUUCCCUAUGCGGGGAAGCGGGGAAGAUAUCUCGUCAAGAAACCAACAGUCUUAUGCUAUGGUCUUUCUUUGGGACUUGGCCUGGCGUAAGAUUGGUACAAUACAUAAGGUAUAAUUAUGGCUCGUCGUCCAGUUGUCGCUAUCGCCGGUUUAGCCUGCGAAACAUCAACUUUCACACCAUCGAGGACCCUCGCGCCGGCAUUUCACCCCCGGCGUGGCACAGAGAUUAUAGACAAAUACCCCUUCAUUCAAGCCGGCACACCGCUAGGCGAUGCUAUUGAGUGGCGCGGUGCACUUAUUGGCCAUGCUUUACCAGGCGGUGUUGUGACCAGAGAUGCCUUUGAGUCGCUCUCUUCGGAGAUACUCAGCCGUCUUAAGGAGAUAGUGGCUGCAGUUAAACUUGACGGAUUUUGGUUCGAUAUACACGGUGCGAUGUGUGUUGAGGGUCUCGACGAUGCAGAAUACGAGUUACUAAAGCGCUGCCGUGAGGUCAUCGGAUCUGACGUCUUGGUGUCGGCGUCGAUGGACCUACAUGGUAACGUCUCGCGAGAACUGGCGCAUCAGACGGAUCUAAUCACCUGCUACCGCACGGCACCUCAUGUAGACGUUGCGGAAACAAAAGAGAGGGCUUGCAGGAAUUUGCUUAAGCUGCUUCGUCGACGGGCGAAUGGCGAAGAAACUGUGCGCCCGUUUAAGGCUUGGGUGCCGAUUCCGAUUCUACUCCCUGGAGAACAGACUUCCACGAGGGACGAGCCGGCUACACAUAUCUACGCCGCGGUGCCUGAGGUUGAGGCUGCGGAAGGGGUUUUAGACGCGGCUAUAUGGGUUGGCUACGCUUGGGCUGACGAGCCUAGAAACCGCGCUGCGGUUGUAGUAACUGGCUGGGACAGAGAGGCGACUGCCAGGGGUGCAGAGCGACUAGCACGGUUAUUUUGGGAUUCGCACAAGGACUUUACCUUCGUCGCACCUACGGGGUCAUUUAAAGAAUGCCUAGACGCGGCAUUGGCAUCGGAUAAACGCCCGUAUUUUAUCUCAGACUCGGGCGACAAUCCUACGGCCGGAGGUUCCGGAGAUGUGACCUGGGGCCUAACGCAGCUUCUCGCACGUUCGGAAUUCAAGUCGGAAUCAGGCCCGAAAGUCAUCUAUGCCAGCGUACCGGGCUCCGGAGCAGUCCAAAAGGCGGUCGAAGCAGGCGUGGGGGCGACGGUGACGGUGACAGUUGGGGCAGAAGUAGAUAAUAUCCAUGCUGGACCCAUCACUAUGACAGGACGAGUACAUUCGAUAAAAAAGGGCGACAGCCACGCAGAGAUUGAGAUGGUGCUGCAGGUUGGCAGUGUCUUCGCGAUCCUGACUAAACUGCGCAAACCGUACCACCAUGAAAGCGAUUUCACGGAAUUAAACCUGGCACCCCGGUCCGCAGAUAUCGUCAUCGUCAAAAUAGGAUACUUAGAGCCGGAAUUAUAUGAUAUGGCUGACGAUUGGAUGCUUGGUCUUACGCCUGGUGGUGUUGACCAAGAUCUAGAACGAUUGGGGCAUAAGCGGAUUAAUCGUCCGAUGUGGCCAUUCGACCGCCAGUUUGAGGACCCUGAUCUUUCUGCGAGGUUGGUUCCAAUGUCAAAUGAGCCGUUCUAGAGCUUGGGGGAACAAUUCUUAGCUGCGGUGAUGUAAAUGCGUAGAACCCGGGGGAUUCGGGAUGUUUACUGAGGUGUAUAAGGGUAUCUUUCGCUAGACACCUUAGGUAAAGAUAUAGACAGCUGCAUAAGGGGGGGAAGGGGAGGUGGGGGACUUGGAUGCAGCCUAUGUCAGCCUUAUCAGCUUACAUUAGGUACCUAAGGUAGGCAGGUACAAUACCUAUAGGUAGGCCGGACCUAGAGAAAGCAAUGGUCAGGGGUAACUCCGCUAGGUACAAUACCUGUAAGGGAUUUAACUUAUGUUAGUUAAGCCCUUUAGUUAAGCAGAUAGUGUAACCCCCCUAUGCAAGGCUCAUGCGAUAGAUACAUCAUUAAUACAUAACGUACCUAA